UACCCCGCCAAUCAUCGCAUCACAAAGUUAGACCCCUCAGUACCUAUCUAAGUAUUGGUCUUCGUCAUACAAAAGAUUGUUUCUACUUCCCUUCUUCCCCACGUCACAAUGUCCGGCCAUCAAGACGAUUCCGAUCACGAAGACCUCUUCGCCUCACCAUCCAAAAAAUCUACUACCCCCAGAGACCAACCAGUACGAUCCACAACUCCAUCAAAUCCCCCGCCCAAUCGCUACGAUGACCCAGAAGAACUGCGCGAAGCCAAUCUCCGACGAGAACUCGAAGGCGUGCGAAACAUCAACGAGUUGAUCGAGGGGGUAGUCGGGACCUUGGAACGAGCAAAGGGCAACAUGCAUACCGUCUCCGCAACCGUAACAACAGCCUCAACCCUGUUAAACACCUGGACACGCAUCCUCUCGCAAACCGAGCACAACCAACGUCUCCUCCUAAACCCCAACUGGAAAGGCGCAUCCCAAGACCUCGCCGACGUCGAAGCCGAAACCUUAGCCAAGCAACGCGAAGCCGAACAACGCGCCGCGGAUACCGAACGCCGUCGCGCGGAAGCCAGACGCCGCGCUGAGGAGGAAGCGCGACAGCGCGAGGCCGCGGCUAAUGCUACGAGCUCGACGCGUGGGGCUAGUGCUAGGGGGAGGUUGAGGAGUAGUGGAAGUGUGAGGGGGAGGGCUGGACGUGGGACUACGGGAGCGGGGAGAGGGUCGUAUGGGGGUAGUACGACGACGAGUAGACCUAGCUCGGCUGCGGAUACGAGUACGGCGAGUGGAAGGGGAACUUCGGGGAUUGGGAGGGGGUUUUUGAGGGGGAAGUCGAGAGGACCGAGGGGGUAUUAGGGAUGAAGAUUUGUCGAAUGAUGAGAUGAACACGACUAGAUGAUUGGGAGCUUGAUGAUUCGAGCCAUUGCUAUUAUCUAUACACAACGAUAAAUGGCACAUAUCCCGAUGCCCACCCCGGA